UUGUGAGGCAAAUAUUAAGUUUUGUAAAUUACCCGAACAGAGUGAUCUCAUUGAACCCAACGUCAUAUAUUCAUUUUUCACUGUACACACAACACAAACAAUUCCAGAGAAAUUUUUUGAUAAUAUAGCGCCUAUUGUUCGACCCACUCGGUCUACGGCAAAGCUCGCUUGGAUGCGAUUUCCGUUGUCAUUUGAAUUUAGUCGCGUCUUGUGUCUCGUUCCGUGCGGACGUAUUUAAUUGUGAUCUGCCUCCCCCUGUCCACACAUCUGUUGCUCUCGCCUUUGCUCUGUGCCGCUCUCCAACUCUACAACAAUGCGCUCUCUGUGGCUCGGACUAGCAGCGUUGACUCUGCUGCUCUCAGAGCUGCCGUCGAACGCUGCGGCUGCUCCACAUCUCAUUUGCUAUUACGACUCGGCUGGUUAUGAGCGACAAGGCCUCGCUCAGUUCACACUCACCGAUAUGGAGCUGGCACUGCAGUUUUGCACUCACGUGAUAUAUGGCUAUGCUGGCAUCAAUCCAGACACCUAUGAAAUGAAAAGUCUAAAUCAACCGCUCGACUUUGAGCGUCGUCAUUUUGCCCAAAUAACGGCACUUAAGGACAAAUAUCCAUAUAUUAAAUUUCUGUUAAGUGUAGGCGGUGAUCGUGAUCUGGAAGAUGAUAAAUAUGUUAGGCUGCUGGAGGCUGGCGCCCAGGCCCAAACACGCUUUAUCAACUCGGCUAGAGAUGUCGUCCGUCGCUUCAAUUUCGAUGGCCUGGAUCUGGCCUUCCAGCUGCCACGCAAUAAGCCGCGAAAGCAUCACUCCGAUGCCGGCAUGGCCUGGAAAAGCUUUAAGAAGUUUUUCACCGGAGACUUCAUUGUGGACCCCAAUGCUGAAGCGCACAAGGGACAGAUGACCAAUUUGAUAAAGGAUCUGAAUAGUGCACUGAAGGCCAACGAUCUACUGCUCAGUCUUACGGUUCUACCCAACGUUAACUCCAGCUGGUAUUUCGAUGCACCUGUUAUCGCUGGCAGCGUUGACUUUAUUAACCUCGCCACAUUCGACUUUGUGACGCCCGCUCGCAAUCCCGAAGAGGCGGACUUCUCGGCUCCGCUUUACGAGGCUUUCGGACAGAAUCGCCUGCCCCAUUACAAUGUCAACUUUCAGAUGGAGCAUUGGCUGCUGCAACGUGUGCCGGCGAGCAAACUGAACAUUGGUGUUGCCAGUUAUGGACGUGCCUGGAAGUUAACAGCAGAUUCUGGCACCAGUGGACAGCCUGUUCUGCCCGCUGAUGGUCCAGCCCAUGCGGGUCCACAAACCAAGACAGAAGGACUCCUGAACUGGGCUGAGAUAUGUCAACUGCUGCCCAAUCCUAGCAAUGUGAAUGCCAAAGGUCACGCUGCUCCCAUCAAACGUGUGCCAGAUCCCACCAAGCGCUAUGGCAGCUACGCCUAUCGCGCCGCUGAUGAGAACGGCCUCUAUGGGCUGUGGACCAGCUACGAUGAUCCAGACACAGCUGCCAGCAAGGCACAGUACGUGCGCUCCAAGAAUCUCGGUGGCAUUGCCUUGUUCGACCUGACACAGGAUGACUUCCGAGGUCAGUGUACCGGUGAUCGCUUCCCCAUGCUGCGCGCCAUCAAGUACCGACUACUCUAAUGCUGCUGCAUAUAUAAACAUAUCAAGUAGCCGUUUUACCAAAUGAUCGAAUUGCAAAUUGUGUCGCUGGCUACCGAGGCCAGCCGUCUGUCAGUUCUCUUUACUAAUUAAUUACAAAGUUGUAAACUAAAAUGCGCCGCAAAUU